AUGGGCCUCAUCGGGCCUUUGCUUGCCGCGCUCGGCAUCUGUGCGAGCGUCGCGGUAGCAACCACCGAAACCAUUGGCAAAGCAUCCAUUCACGAUCUCGGUCUGCAGAAAUGGACCGUGACAAACGAAUACGGCAACAUUACCGUGCCGGGCAAGUUUCCGUCGCAGGCACAUCUCGAUCUUCACGCGGCUGGUGUGAUUAGUGAAUACCAUGGCCUAAAUGACUUUGAUCUGCGAUGGAUCGCGGCGCAGAAUUGGACAUAUACCAGCAAGCCUAUCGGCGGACUCAACAAACACGCAGACACAUCUACUUGGUUGGUUUUCGACGGCUUGGACACAUAUGCGACCAUCAAGUUCUGUGACCACAUUGUUGGAACGCCAGACAACCAGUUCCGCCAAUGGUUCUACGACGUCUCUUCCCUCCUCGCGAGCUGUAAGAGCGAUCCCGUCCUCAGCAUCAACUUUGGAAGCGUGCCUCGAAUCAUCAACGCCAUCAAUGCAAGUGAUGAAGUCCAGCACUGGCCUGCCUCGGUUGUCUAUCCCUUUGAGUAUCCAAACCGCCAAUGGGUUCGCAAGGAACAAAACGACUUCGGCUGGGACUGGGGCCCGGCCUUCUCCCCCGUAGGGCCCUGGCAACCCGGACGCAUCGUCCAGCUCAGCAAAGGAGGCCAAUUGUACUCUCUCAACACCGCCAUCGACAUCUUCCGAAAAGGCCAGUUCAACAACUUUGCGCCUGAUCAGACUGCUCCCUGGGUUGUCAAUGCGAGUCUUGAUUUCGUGGGAACGCUGCCCAAGCACGCUUCCAUGUCGGUCGUCAUUACCGAUGCCAAGGACAGCCGCUCAGUGCUGUAUUCUGGCAAACUGGAGAAUGUCACGCAGUCUGACAUGACCGUCACUGGAUCCGUGACUAUCGCUGCUGAUAAGCCCAAGUUGUGGUGGCCUCGAGACAUGGGCGACCAGCAGCUGUAUAACAUCACAGUGUCUGUCAGCAGCCCAGGGUCUAAGACGCCUCUUCUCGUCUCCUCGCGCCGCGUUGGUUUCCGUACCAUUUUGUUCAGCUCGGGAAACAUCACGGAUGCGCAAAUCGCCAGCGGUAUCACUCCAGGGAACAACUGGCACUUUGAGAUCAACGGUCAUGAAUUCUACGCCAAGGGGGCCAAUCUCAUUCCCCCAGAUGCCUUCUGGCCACGAGUCACGUCCGACAGGAUGAACCGACUUUUCGACUCUGUUGAAGCGCAAAACUUCAACAUGCUUCGAGUCUGGUCGUCGGGCACGUAUCUACCAGACUGGAUCUACGAUAUUGCUGAUGAACGCGGCGUGUUGCUCUGGAGCGAGUUCCAGUUCAGUGAUACUUUAUAUCCAGACAGUCCCGACUUCAAAGAGAACGUCGCUGGAGAGAUCACCUACAAUGUCCGUCGCCUGAAUCACCAUGCUUCUUUGGCAUGCUGGAUGGGCGGCAAUGAGUUUGAGAACUUGAUGCUACCGAUUGCUCAAGGCGCUGACCCAGAAACGUACCCCUACGUCCUGGGCCAAUACGAGGAUCUCUUCAUCAAGACCAUGUUCAACAUUAUUGCCGCCAACAGCCAUUCCAUCUCGUACAGCCCCUGCAGUGCAAACAACGGCUGGAUGGAGAUUGAUCUCGAUCUCCCCGUGCCUAUUGUCGAGCGGUACUACAACACCACCAGCGGGCACAUCUACGGCGACACCGACUUUUACAACUACGAUACCUCAGUGUCCUUUGAUACUUCUGUGUAUCCCGUUGGUCGCUUCGCCAACGAGUUUGGGUUCAUCAGCAUGCCCAGCAUCCAGACAUGGCAGCAGGCCGUCGACCCCGAAGAUCUGUCCUUCAACUCGACGACCGUGAUUCUACGAAACCAUCAUUAUCCCGCCGGUGGCCUGACGAGAAACAUUCGAAACAGCACACUGGGACAAGUCGAAAUGACGCUCGCCGUAGAACGAUACUACCCAACCCCCGACAAGACCGAUCCCGUGGCCAACUUUUCCUCCUGGUGUCACGCUACGCAGCUGUUCCAAGCAGACAUGUACAAAUCCGAGAUUCAGUUCUACAGACGGGGCAGCGGACUGCCAGAGAGACAACUUGGCUCCCUGUACUGGCAGCUCAACGACAUCUGGCAGGCUCCCACAUGGGCUGGUCUAGAGUAUGACGGACGCUGGAAAGUCUUGCCGUAUGUUUCUCGCAGGACAUAUGAGCACGUUAUUGCAUCUGCCUUCUGGAAUUAUACUGCUAAUGAUUUGGAGAUUUGGGUCACUUCUGAUCUCUGGGAGUCUGUAUCUGGUCAAGUGUCUCUUACCUGGGUCGAUCUCAAGGGCAAGCCCAUCGAGAACAACGCGGGCAUGCCAAAGUCUGUCGACUUCCACGUAGGCGCCAUCAACACCACCCAAAUCCUCUCCACCAACAUAUCCUCCGACCUCAAGAUCCCAGACCCCGCAGACGCCGUCCUCAUCAUCCAGCUCACCGCCAAAGGCAAGCUCCCCAACGCAUCCGCCACCAACAAGCAGCUCACGACGUUUACGCACUACAACCACUUCCUCCCCGUCUGGCCCAACCAAGCCAAAGUCACAGACCCCAAGCUGAAGCUUUCCUACAACAAGUCGACGAGGAAGUUUACGGUGGAGGCUACGGCGGGUGUCGCGCUGUACACGUGGCUGACGCAUUCGGCGGGCGUUUUGGGCUUCUUUGAUGACAAUGCGUUUGUUUUGGCGCCGGGGGAGAAGAAGGAGGUUGGUUUCACUUUGCAGGAGGAUACGACGGGGGGGAAGUGGGUUGAGGGGGUGACGGUGGAGAGCUUGUGGGAUUUGACGACGCCGUGA